UGAAUUUUGCGUACCCACUAGGUAGCGGGUUGAUAGCUUACAGCGUCCAAAUUGUGCGCUCAGUUCAGAUCUAGACUCGGUCUAGUUCGGUCUAACAUUUUGUUUUCUGGGUUCGGUUACCCCAAAAGGUUGACUCAAGUGUCGCCGGUGUUGUGUUGUGGCUGGUUUGUUGCGGCUGUCUGGUGUCCGGUUACCCCAAAAGUGCCAUUUCUAGGAUAGGUGGCAGAUUUAAAUAAUCUUCAAAUUUCUCAAGUGCCAAAACGACGGUGCAGGUGUGUGGGAAGUUUGCAAAAAAAAAUAUAUAUCAACAUUAGAAGUUGGCAGGAAUAAAAAACCUGUUCGAGCUCUACGAUCUGUGGAAAUAUCGGUCAUACUCCGGUGAUCUGAGAGCUGUUUGUUUGAAGGACAUCCCGAAACGGCUCUGGUGAUACUCACAUAAAAAAAACCUACUUCCCACAGACUGGAUCACCGCAUGAACCCAGAAGCCACCUCAGCACCAUUUCGGAUAUAGCGGUCACAUCCCCUUCGUCUAAAAGUGUAAAGUAACAACCGUUCAACGCCCAAUCAUGACCCUAGCGCGCAAAUGGCAAUGGUUCUGGAAUGCGUUAACCCGCAAAAAACGCAACGACGACGACGGAAGUGAUUCCCAGCUGGCCCGGGUCCUGACCCUGGUGGAUUUGGUCGGUCUCGGCGUCGGAAGUACUUUGGGGCUGGGAGUGUACGUUCUGGCCGGAUCGGUCGCCUAUGAGCAGGCUGGUCCUGCCGUUGUGAUCUCGUUCCUGGUGGCUGCCGUUGCUUCGGCCAUUGCAGCGCUCUGUUACGCCGAAUUUGCCGCCCGGGUCCCCAAAGCCGGAUCCGCCUACGUGUACAGUUUCGUCAGUAUCGGUGAAUUUACGGCCUUCACCAUCGGAUGGAAUCUGAUUUUGGAGUACGUUAUUGGAACGGCUAGUGUGGCCCGAGGCAUGAGCGGCUACAUCGACGCACUGAUUGACAACAAAAUGAGCACAGCUCUGCGGGAAGCAAUGGGCAUGGACGUGUCCUUUUUGUCCGACUAUCCGGAUUUCUUCUCCUUCCUGGUGGUGAUGAUCUUGGCUGGUUUGCUAGCGUAUGGCGUAAAGGAGUCCACCUUGAUGAACAACAUCUUCACUGGGGUGAACUUGUGCGUUAUCGGCAUCGUGCUGGUAGCCGGUGGCAUGAACAGCGACCCGAAGAACUGGAACAUCGCAAAGGAGGACAUUCCUGCGGGCAUUGACGGUGGUAUGGGUGGAUUUGUGCCUUACGGAUUUGCCGGUAUCAUGGCGGGAGCUGCCAAGUGUUUCUACGGGUUCGUUGGGUUCGAUUGUAUCGCCACAACCGGAGAAGAAGCGAAGAACCCUAGCAGGAAUAUUCCGCUAGCUAUUGUGAUCUCGUUGAUUGUUAUUUUCCUAGCUUAUUUUGGAAUAUCGACCGUUUUGACCAUGGCAUUACCGUACUAUCUCCAGAAUCCGGAUGCGCCUUUCCCGCAUCUGUUCGAGCAGCUGGAGUGGCAUGUGAUAAAGUGGAUCGUUUCGAUUGGUGCCAUUUUUGCCCUCUGUACCAGUUUACUUGGGGCCAUGUUCCCGUUGCCGCGUGUCCUGUACGCCAUGUCCUCCGAUGGAAUUAUCUAUAAAAAACUGCAAACGGUUCAUCCGAAAACUCAAACUCCCAUUUUGGCGACCAUGCUUUCGGGACUUCUGGCUGCCAUUAUGGCUGCACUUUUCAAUCUGCAUCAGUUGAUUGAUAUGAUGUCGAUCGGAACCCUGCUAGCGUAUACGAUUGUCGCUGUUAGUGUGCUCAUAUUACGGUACCAGGACAAUACUUUCGCCAGCACCACCGAGGUCAACGUUACGAUUCCCAAGGUUCUGAGGCAGCUGUUCAAUGUUCCCAAGCUGCGGGACCCUAGCGGUCUGUCUUCUGGCAUUGUAAAAGUUGGAAUUUGCAUUUUCGCCCUGCUCGUUUGUGCCCUCUGCGGCAUGUUGGCCCUCGGAACCGAUGAGCUUUCGGCUGGGGAUGCCGGUAUGAUUGCCGGCAUAUCGAUCGUUUGCUUCCUGAUGGUUCUCACGUUUGUAAUUACCUCGAUGCAGCCGACGGAAAAUGUCAAGCUUACCUUCAAAGUCCCACUGGUUCCACUGCUACCCAUGUUGAGCGUGAUCUUCAAUCUCUACCUGAUGUUCCAGCUGGAUUCCGGAACAUGGAUCCGAUUCGUCAUUUGGGUAGCCAUCGGUUAUUUCAUCUAUUUCUCGUACGGCAUCCGACACUCAGUAGAAGGACAGAGUCCGGCUAGCGCUGCUCCGAUUGUUGCCAGUGACGCCAUCAAUGGCCAGAAUCGAUUGAGUAAGAGUGGUAUUUAUAACAAUGGAUUCGACGCCAGCACCGAUAAGAUAGUAGCAUCCAUCGAACCGGAGGGCAAAGGUCGGAAAAGCUCCAAGAAUUCGUACACAAUCAACAACGAAUAGUCAUUGCGAAUCAAUUUUAGUGCAUAAGUACAAAGAUAGAAUUCCAACUGAAAUCUUCAGUAUUCCAGCUAGCAGCAGCAGAUUGCAGCUUCCAUCAGUACUAUUCCGCUAUCGGAUCCAUCGAAGAGACAUUUCGGCGUCGAUCUAUCGUCAGCUCUCUCUCGAAUUGUAAUUUUUUGUUGUAUAACUUGGGCAUUGCGCCUCGGGAUGCCUCGGGACCAAACCCAGUCUACCAUAGGUCCCCACGGUCCUACUUAGUAGGACCCGAGACUCAUUUUUAACCACGUUCGUGUGCCUUCUCUUGAAGGAAGGAUUGUAAUGGUCCUGUACGUAUGUAUGUUAAGGACUCCGGAUGUUCGUCUGUGGCGAACUCAAGUUAAAUGUUUGUGAUAAAAAAGUAGUGUAAAGUUUUAUCCAAGAUAAGCAGAGUUUUAAUCACACGACAAUAUUUUAGGAUGAAGAAAAAAACAAGAAAAAUAAUCAGGAAAGCCUUGUUUUAAAACGUUGUACUCUAAGUCUUUAAAAGGUUGUUUUACGAUAAGUUGAAUAAUAAAUAAUAAA